AUGGCUUCCUCGGAAGAAACCAAGUCGCUUGAGGCUGAAUGCCUCUGCGGCUCUAUUCACUUUACAUUUGAUAUCCCUGUGGCUUCGCUUCCACUGUCAGUAUAUCUCUGCCACUGCAGCAUCUGUCGUCACGCAACCGGCGCGCCGACUGUUUUCCACUCGGUUCUUCCCAAGAACACAACACCCAAUUUCAUUUCCCCUUCAACUGAAAGGAACUUGACUUCUUUCAAGCCCGCAGAAGACUGUACCUAUGACUUUUGUUCAACAUGCGGCUGCCACGUAGCCGGCGUCAGUUUCGACCGUAAGGAAUGGACCAUCGCGACCUCCAUGUUCAAGGACCACGGGCUGGACAAGUUCAAAAUCACCUCGCACGUGUUUUCCAAAUCCGGCCCUGGUAGCGCCAUACCAGCUGUAGUAUCCAAGAUUGAUGGCCGAGAUAUCAAGCACUGGAAUCCGCCCGACGAUGACCCAAGGGCAAAAGUGAACAAGCCAACAGCUGAGGCCGGACCAACUGGCGAGGACCGCCUCCGAGCCCAGUGCUACUGCGGCGGAGUUUCAUUCACAUUUGGCCGGCCAAAUGACGAGGUUCGCAACGACACAUUCAUGUCCAAGUAUGUGUCUCCCCGCGACCAGAACAAGUGGCUGGCUAUAUAUGACGUUUGCGAUGACUGCCGUCUUGCCAACGGCACUCAUGUGGCAGGGUGGACUUUUGUGCCACUGAUGCUGUGUGACCCGCCCAUCAAGACUGACUUGAAGAUUGGAACCGCCAGGACGUAUGCCUCUUCUCCGGGUGUCUUGCGAUCAUUCUGUGGAACAUGUGGUGCGACUGUCAUGUACUCCUGCGCGGCGCGAAUGCCUACGGCGGAGCAGGCCGUUGUUGAUAUCGCAACCGGCAUUUUGAGGUGUCCCGAGGGCGUCAUGGGCGAGGACUGGUUAACGUGGAGGGCGGCUUUAGCGUUUGAGCAGACCGGUGUCCGGUAUGACAAGGGAUUUCAUCAAGCGUUGAGAGAUGGAAUGAAAGCGUGGUCCGAAGAACAAUAUGGUGAGGCGUUGACCAUGAUGAUUGAGUAA